GCCUCCACCUGUUAGUGCGUGGGUUAGGACCAAGACAGUGGGAAUACACGCACGUGGAAUCACGAACCUGAACGAUCAAGUACGAUUGGAUAUCAACGAACGACGGGAAACACAGUGCGACAGUUGAAAUUGUUUUACGCAGACGACAAUAAGAAGUCGAACCCAUCGAAGCGAACGAGAGUUAUGCAUCGUGGAUGAAGGUUCUGCUUCGGCAGCUGUGGAGGACUUGUGGAGACGUUACACACGCUGCUAGUGGUCUUCAGUGUACUUAUCAUGUUUCUGUGUACAAACUGGAAAUUUUACGGAUGAUGGUGAGCGGAGAUGCGCAGUUAAGCGCGCAGGUUGAUGACGAAACCGGGGCUGGGAGCUAGAUGUCAUCGUCGAGUUAGGCUUGCAGCGGAGUGCAACUUCUGUCGGAUAUUUACCUUGGUAGAUUUCUGAGGGAACUGUGAUCUUCACCGGGGUCGGACCGCAACGGAAACCCCACGCCGCGGGAGACUUGAAGGCAUAGGACUUCUCUGGCAAGACGUGAACAUCUCGUCGAAUUAAGCGGAGGCGAUGCCCCGAGCAUUUCUCAUAACGAACCGAAGGUACAAGAAUGAAGUCGAGUGUCAGGAGAAAACGCAGGGAGAGAGAGAAGGAAGUCCUGAGCUAAGUGUCAGUACCGCAGAAGGCCCACUAGAUGGCAGAGCGUUCCCUGGAGCAAUGUCUACUGAAGACCCGGGAGGUCACAAUAGUCGGGAAUGGAAACCUUCCAGUCCUGGGUCUCCAGCCAACCUUUCGCGCGACACAAACAGCCCUUUUGAUCUCGCUCAGGACCUUAGUCUCAGGACCACUUCAGCAGCAAAAGCACUUCUGAGUGAAACGUUGGCGGCUUCAGCCAGUAGCAGCACCAGCCUUCUGGCAGCUGUACUCCAGCAAGUACGCGCAGUAGCAGAGCAACAGCAGCAAAGCCACAAUCAUCAGAAACGUUCUCUCGAGAGCUACAACUGUCCAGACUGCGGCAAGAGAUAUAGCACGUCCAGCAACCUGGCUAGACACAGGCAAACACACCGUAGCGUAACCGACAAGAAGGCCCGCAAGUGUCCUCACUGUGACAAGUUGUACGUGUCGAUGCCAGCGUUCAGCAUGCACGUCCGAACUCACGGACAAGGUUGCCAAUGCCCUUUCUGCGGCAAGUGUUUCUCGAGGCCAUGGCUGCUUCAAGGCCAUAUCCGGACACAUACAGGCGAGAAGCCGUUUCGCUGUAACCAGUGCUCCAAGUCAUUUGCGGACAAGUCCAACCUCCGCGCCCAUAUCCAGACGCACUCGCCCACCAAGCCUUUUGUGUGUCAGCGAUGCGGUAAAGCUUUUGCCCUCAAAAGCUACUUGUACAAGCACGAGGAAUCGUCCUGCAUGCGGCUACACAGGGCAGCUAUGACAGUCGGAGCGGUUGACCUCAACUCUUCAGCGUCGUCUUCGUCUUGCGAGGGGUCCUUGAUAUCAUCUUCCGGUUCCAGCACACCCAUAGAUGUCGCGCAAAUGCUCAGCGUCUGAACACAUCGAUGCACCGACGACGACCAUAUACCGAGUUGGUUAUUAAGUGGACAUUUUCCUGAUAAUCUGUUCGUGAAGUAGCGUUAGGGAAACACCAGUGUUUUUGCACUCGGAGGUCACUCCACUUGACGCUUCCAGUUUCAUCCGCAAAAUAGUCUGAUGAUAUGCAGAAUGAUGAGAGUGUGCUAUAACGGCCAAGCGUUUGGUUAUUUAAUAUGAUUUUUUAUGUGUUUCUCUAUAAUUUUCGUGACGUCACGUCGUUAUUGACCUGUAACUCCGAAACUGGUGUGAAAACGAAAUUUGUUCUACUUGAUCAGUUGUUGCUACUGUGGAGUCAUUCGUAACGAAACAAUAUUGCCGCUGAUAAUGCAUUUGUCUGGCGAAGUAAACUCUCGACCAGAAAAGCAAUUUUUUUGCUACUGGCGGUACCAUAAAAUGCACAUUGAUAUCGGUCUUGCAUCCGAAGAAAUUACUUAUGCAGACCGGUGCUCCACUCAUAAAAAUGUACUUCACCGCAUAGCACGCCCCUAGCCAACCAUCACUUCAAA